AGAAAAAAGUUUUGUUUUGGUCCACUUUCCACUUUCGGCUAUUGAAUGAUAAUUAUAUUUGUCCAGAAAACGUGAUUUCGGUAGAAAGUUACUAAAAUAUGGACGACUCCGAGCUAGAGGCCAUUCGUCAGCAGCGACUGCAGCAGAUGCAGGGGGGCUCCAGCGCGGAACAACAAAAAGCACAACAGGAGCAGCGCCAAGCGCAGGAAGAGAUGAAAAACUCCAUGCUGGCCCAGUUGCUGGACCAGGACGCACGGGCUCGACUCAACACGCUGAAGCUAAGCAAACCGGAAAAAGCGCAAAUGGUCGAAGGCAUGAUCAUUCGGAUGGCCCAAAUGGGACAGAUUGGGGGAAAGUUGGAUGACGCCAACCUGGUGAAGCUACUGGAGAGUCUCAACCAACAGAUGCCGCGCAGCAACUCGACUGUAAAGUUUGACCGGCGAAGAGCGGCACUGGAUUCCGACGAUGACGAUGAUUACGGCAUUUGAGCGGAAGGCGGAUCGGUGCGAUCGGAGUAUCAAUUACCUGCGGACGUCUCUCAAUAGAUGGGCCCCAAAUGGAUCGGUCAUCAUGCCAUUUGCCUUGCUGUCGACACCUCAAUAAACUCAAUACGCUCCCCGCGAAGGGGCGGAAAAUUGAAUAAAAAUUAGGAUUUUCUCUU